AUGCCUUGCUCCCCGCUGUGCUCUGCCGUUGUGACGCGGCCGAAGCGCGCGACGCGGCCGAAGCGCGCGACGCGGCCGAAGCGCGAGAGGGGGGUGGCCGCGCUGUCGCAGACGGUCGUGCCGGCGCCGCCGGCCGCGGCGCGGCCGAGCGUGGCUGCGGCGCGGCCGGGCGUGGCUGCGGCGGUGCAUACUGCGGCGCAGCGGGUCCGGGCGGCGGAGCGUUCACCAUCAGCUGGCUUCCGGGGCCCUGGCCGGGCGGAACG